AUGCUUCGCAUCCUCCGCCUCGGCAUCAUGGCGGCGGUGGCGGCGCCUGCCCUGUCGGACUUCGUGAUCUGCGGCGCGGGGUCGCUGGGCCCCGGGGCAGACGGCAGCAAGGGGUACCUCUUCGUCGGGGACAGCGACGCAGUCGGCCCGGCCAAGGAGGCGCUCGCCGCGGACGUGCCGUACCUCGCCGUGCCGAUGAUCGCGAACAAGCUCACCCAGGACGACGCCGACGCCGUCGUGGGCGCCCUCGCGGCGCUGCCUCGCCCGACCACGGUGCAGUGCGCCAGCGGCGCGCGGGCCGGCGCCGCGGUCGCGCUCUACCUCGGCGCGGUGCGGGGCCAGAGCGGCGACGAGGCGUGGGCGGAGGCAGAGGCGCAAGGGAUGAGGUGCUGCACUGUGCCACACGCGGGCGCGUUCCGGGCGUGGCUGCAGAGCUCCCUGCCCGCCGCGGCUGGCGCGCCACUAUUUCUGCAGCUGUUCGACCGGGAGUUCCAGAGCUCCACGUACACGUACCUGCUCGCCGACCGCACCACGAUGGAGGCGGUGAUCAUCGACCCGGUGCUGGAGCACGCAGAAAGGGACGCGUCGCACGUCCGGCGGCUGGGCCUCACGCUCAAGCUCGCCCUCAACACGCACUGCCACGCCGACCACAUCACGGGCACGGGUGCCCUGAAGGCGCUGCUGCCGGGUGUCCAGAGCGUCAUCGCCGAGGCGGCGGGCGCCAAGGCCGACGUGCUCUGCAAGCCUGGCGAGGUCUUCACCUUCGGCAGCCACGCGCUGGAGGUCCGCGCGACGCCGGGGCACACGAGCGGCUGCGUGACGUACGUCCUGAACGGGACGAAGGCGUUCACGGGAGACGCGCUGCUCGUGGGCGGCUGCGGGCGCACCGACUUUCAGCAGGGCGACUGCUCGGUGCUGUACAACAGCGUGCACACGCAGAUCUUCACCCUGGACGGUGCGGUCAAGAUCUACCCCGCGCACGACUACAAGGGCCGGACGGUGUCCACGGUGGCAGAGGACCGGAAGGCGGGGAACCCGCGCCUGACGCUCCCGGCGCCGGAGUUCUGCAAGCUCAUGGCGGAGCUCGGCCUGCCGUACCCGAAGAAGAUUGACGCCUCGCUGCCCGCCAACCUGAAGUGCGGCAUCCAGGACUGAGGCCGUUCGCGCCGAGGGCCCGCGGGGCAAGGGACGGAGCAGAAGCACAAACGUCCGCGCGGGCAUCCGGGAGUAGUCAUUCUUUGAAUGCCUGUUUUUUUUGCGGCCCUAAGAGCAGCUCCAAGACAGGGGGUCGCUCUGCUGGAGGCAUUGGGGCCGAUUGGUUGUGAGAGGGUCGGGUACCGAGAGGGUGCCCGCCCCGAGAAGUAUAUUUUGAAGAAGUCUGCGCCCCUUCACUCGACCAUAGCGCUCGCAGUGCAGCAGUCCAGCGUCCUAUUCGGAGGAGGAAGAGGCACGGAUACCAGGAGGGGAGCCUCCGAGACAUCCGCCAGUCAGGGUUCGUUUCCCGCAGGCGGCUGUUCGACCUUGCCAGCGCAGAGCCAGACUGCCGGCGACGUCCGCCAGCCAGGGUCUCACUCCCCGCAGGCGGCUCUCUUCUGCUGAGCCCCGAGCCGCAGCACCCGCCCCUGCCCAGUCUGGGCCCACGCGCGGCUCACAAGUCGCCGCGCAGGGCCGGCGCCUCUGCAGAGAGGGUGCUGGCGCCUCGCCCCCCACCAGAAGUGCGCCUCCCGCCGGAGCGCCGUUGCGCUUCCUCCCCUUUUCGACCCGAUUUCGACGCACCCACUGGGCGGCAGCGAACGUGCUUCUUCCGUGCCCGAAGGGGAUCGGCGGCUACGAGUCCCCCGCACCUCUCGC